AUGCAAAAGGAUCAAUAUCAUCACUACAUUCCAAGAUUCCUUCGUAAUUUUGCUAUUAAUACUUAUGAAAGAAUGGUUGUGAGCAAUGAAAAGUUAUUCAAAAAGAAAGAACAUAAACGGAACUUUAAGAAUAAGAAUAAGUCAGAAGCACUUCUUCAAACUUAUGAUAGAACGCUCGGUCAAUUGGGCACCUCUUUGAUCGGGAAAACCUAUGGAUAUACAAACAUGUACAAAGAUUUUGAUCAUGAAGAUAUGAUGCCAGUAGAAAAUAAAUUGGCAACACUAGAAAUGCAAGCAUCAAAAGUAAUCCAUGAUAUUGUGAGGGCAUCUCAAAAAGAAAGUCAGGUUGUUUUAACCUUGCCAAUUGUGGAAAAAUUCAUGCUGGAAUGCAAAUUACAAAGUACUCGAGAAGUAUGGUUACAGAAUAUCCGUGAAAUACUAGAUACUAAACAUAAAGAUAUCAAAGACAACCUGCAAAUCCUUAAGCCGGAUAGGAAUGAUUACGUGAAUCGAAUGAAUGAAGUCUUGGAUAUACCCUUCCCCAAUUUUCAACUUCAGUAUGCCUACCAUUACUUUUACGUCAUUUCUCCAAAGCUAGUGUUGGUCCUUUGCUCUGUUUUUUUCCGAGAAGAACUUAGCGAAGUAAUGCCCGUUUGGUUUAAAAAAUAUCCCUCGAUAUUUGAAGGUGUUCCUCGUUCACCAGUGCCGAAGUGUGUUAAAUUAAGUAACGAACGUGGUCACAGCAUUGAUAGAAGUUCAGUCACACCAAUUGAAAUGCUACUAAAUCUCCAAGGUUUCAGAACAGAGGAGAGUGACAAAUAUACUUUUCCUUUUGUCAAAGUCACUUCAGCCACCGUUCAUAAAGUAAACACUGUCCUACUCAAUGAGACUAAACCAGACCUAGUUUUGACUUUCCUUUCUCAUUCGUUCCUCUAUAAGACGAUUGUCAAGUAUCAUAAAAACAAGGACUUCAAUAUAAAUCAUGACUUCUCGAGCUUGAAAAAGAAUUUGUUCAUUGCAUUAAACAGAAUUCACGAAGAAAACUUGGAUCUCCGAAGAAACAUUCCAGUAGGUCGCGUAUGUAAUUGGAAUAUGCGCGUGUUGGAUUCAGAACCUAAUUAA